CUCCUGGCGAUGGCAUUUGUGCUGGUUCACUUGAAGGCUACUGUGAAGUAUAUGUGCAGGAACAUAGCCUGCAAAUAUCUGAAUUGAUUGCCGGAGAAGAAUACACAAUAUUGCUCCAAUCAAUCAGCGACGGGAAGGAAAGUCGAGUUCUUGAGUUUCUUCUAGCUACUUACACUGAUAACGCAACACUGCAAAUAAUCGCUGACAUCAACGAGCCCACCAAACUAACCCUCAUAAUCACAACCGAGUCGGGAGUCGGAUUCGAACACGAGAUACGACUAAACACGACUGAUGUCGUGCCUAUGAUUAAGCAUCAGCCUUUCGGGUUGUACCAGCAAGUCGACUUUGCAGAGCUAAAAGCGGGAGGCUGGUACCAGUUCAUAGUCACAGCUUUCAGUAAAGGGACAAAACCUAUGACCCAAACUUACAAGAUUGCCGAAGUGGGGUUUCCGGAUGUUCCGGAACAGUUUUCAUAUUCGCCAACAGUGGACACUACAACCAUAGAUAUUGGCUUCUAUGUCGCGGGUGUUUACCAUGGUUGGUACCUCAAUGCGACUGAGGGAACCUGUAGUGUCCCUUGCAUUCUUGACAGUUGGGUGAGUGACCAUACUGUUUCUGACCUAACGCCUGGAUCUUUAUUCACCGCAACAAUACAGGCGUUCGUAGACUACCCUGGCUUCGCGAGGCGGUUCGGGAACCCACUUGUUGUCGAAGAGGUGCUUGUACCGAUGACACCCUGGAAAACUAACGAGCCUGUUGCGGACUCCGCGGCAUCGGCUACAUUUUAUUUUGAUACAUCCGACAUACGAGCUGGAUUCCUUAUCACGUAG